CCAACGAGUCUGAACGGUGAUGCAAGAGCUUCUCUUUAAUUUUACUAAUCGGGUUAGUAAUUGGGCGCAGGUGGCGGGCUGUCGCAAAUGGUUGCCCUCGAGACGAGGUCCUGGCUUAAUAUGUCACUUUCCAAGACAAUCCACCCUCAAUCUCCACAACAAUGUAUGUAUCCCACACGCCGCAAGAAAUGGCUCGACGUGGUCUGAUAAUGAGCCAUUAUAUAUAAUCUCUCACAAACAUUCCGUCGAAAUGGUAGAAAUCCGCACCCAUCGAGCCUUUGUUUACACUAUUGCCGAAAACACUACAAAUCCUCAACCAACAUGACCUCAAACGACUGGAAGGCGACAAAUCGCCAUCUUCAGAUUCUCCAGGCCGCUGAAGAAGGCGAGUACGGUGUGUUGGCCGCCAUCGCUUAUAACAUUGAGCAGAUCUUGGGUCUUGUUCGUGCCGCGGAAAAGGCACGAUCCCCUCUGAUCCUUCAGUUCUUCCCUUGGGCCAUCAAGUUCUCCGAUGGCCUCCUCAUUCGAACCGCUGCUGACGCCGCUCACCGGGCUAGCGUGCCCAUCUCGAUUCAUCUCGACCACGCGCAAGAAGAAGACAUUAUCAAACUAGCGGCCGAUGAACUCCCCUUCGACAGUAUCAUGGUCGACAUGUCACACUACGAGAAAGAGGAGAACUUGGCCAAGACAGCGAAAUGGGUCAAAUACUGCAAUGACCGAAAGAUUGCAACUGAGGCAGAACCAGGACGUAUCGAAGGUGGUGAGGAUGGCGUCAUGGAUACAGCGGGAUUAGAAGCGAGUAAGACCACACCAGAAGAGGUCGACCAGUUCAUUGCGACCGGUGUAGAUGCUUUAGCCCCUGCCUUUGGUAACGUCCACGGCGAAUAUGGACCGCAAGGACCUCAGCUAGACUUCGAGAGACUCGCUUUGAUCAGAACGCAAGUCAACAAGCGAGCCAGAAUCGCCCUUCACGGCACGAACGGAUUCCCGCCUGAUUUAAUGGGCCAGUGCAUCAAAGCUGGCACCACCAAAAUCAACGUCAACCGAAUCGUUCUUGACGACUACUACACACAUUUACGAGCCGAUGGAACAAUCAAGCAAUCACACACGUCGAUCAUGGAGCAGGGAGUGGAGAAGGUGAUAAACCAGACGAUUGAGUGGAUGGAAAUUCUUGGGUCCGCUGGCAAAGCGACUUGA